AUGGACAUCCCACAGAGGCUCAAGGCCAAAGGAUCCCGAUCCUAUCCAGCCCAUGGAGGAAACAAUCCUCCUCAAAGGCUGCUUCCCCGGAGGAAGGCAGGUUUCCUGCCAGGCUGGGGAAGCGGGCCUGAGGAUGGACAACCACGAGGAAGCAUGGUUUCCCUGCAGGUCUGGGAAGCGGGCCUGAGGAUGGGACCCAUACGGAAAAGAGGACUCAAUCCUGGCCUCAAAGUAUCGAAUCCUCCUCUCCAGGCCCAUGAGGGCCCAACAAUCUCCUCGAGGCUGCUCCCUGGAGGAAAGGCAGGUUUUCCUUGCCAGGCUGGGGAAGCGGGCCUGCGGAUGGACACCAAAGAGGCUCAAGGCCAAAGGAUCCCGAUCCUAUCAGCAAUGGACUUGCUCCCCGGAGGAGGCAGGUUUUCUGCAGGUGGUGGAGGCCCUGCCAGGCUCAAGGGGAAGGAUCCCGGGAUCCUCCUCCGCCCAGGCCAUGGACCCAUCCUCCUCAACGGCUGCUUCCCUGGAGGAAGGCAGGGUUUCCUGGCAGCUGGGGAAGGCAAAGGAUCAGAUGGCCGGCUCAAGCCAAAGGAUCCCGACCUCUCCGCCCAUGGAGGGAACAAUCCUCCUCAGGCUGCUUCCCUGGAGGAAGGCAGGUUUCCUGGCCAGGCUGGGAAGCGGGUCCUGAGGAUGGACCCAUCACAGAGCUUCAAGGGCCGGCCCCAGGAUCCCGGGAUCCUCCUCAAAGCAUGGAGGGAACAUUCCUACUCCAGGCUACUCCCCGAGGAAGGCCAAAGGUGUCUCCAGCUGGGGAAGGGCCUGGCACCCCCGGCGGAUGGACCCUACCAAAGAGGCUCAAGGCCAAAGGAUCACGAUCCUAUCCAGCCCAUGGAGUCAACAAUCCUCCUCAAAGGCUGCUUCCCUGGAGGAAGCCCAAUGGAGGAACAAUUCCUCCUCAGCCGGUCUACCUCCCCGGAGGAAGGCAAAGUUUCCGCCGUGGCUGAAGGGCGGGCCUGCGGAUGGACCCACCACAGAGGCUCAAGGCCAAAGGAUCCCGAUCCUAAUCCAGCCCAUGGAGGGAAAAACAACCUCCUCAGAGGCUACUUCCCGGAGGAAGGCAGGUUUCCUGCCAGGCUGGGGAAGCGGGCUCAAGAGGAUGUACCCACCACAGAGGCCUCAAGGCCAAAGAUCCCGAUCCUCUCCAGGCAGAUCAAGGAGGAAACAAUCCUAUCCUCAGGAGGCUAUCCUCUCAAACCCCGGAGGAAGGCAGGUUUCCUGCCAGGCUGGGGAAGCGGGCCUGAGGAUGGACCCACCCAGAGGCUCAAGGAAAGGUCAAGGUCCGGAGGGCAUCCGCCCGAUUUCCUCCUGGCCAGCCCAUGGAGGAAACAAUCCUCCUCCAGCCCAGAGGGCUACUUCCCCGGAGGAAGAGGCUACUUCCCCGGAGGAAGGCAGGUUUCCUGCCAGGCUGGCCUGAGGAUAGACGGGCCUGAGGAUGGACCACCAUCAGAGGCUCAGAAGGCAAAGAUCCCGAUCCUCUCCAGGGCCGGCCAUGGAGGACAAUCCUCUCCAGGGUCUGGCCUCCCCGGUUCCCCGGAGGAAGGCAGGUUUCCUGCCAGGCGGGGGAAGCGGCCUGAGGAUGGACCCACCACAGAGGUCAAGGCCAAAGGAUCCCGAUCCUCUCCAGCCCAUGGAGGAAACAAUCCUCCUCAGAGCUACUUCCCCGGAGGAAGGCCGGUUUCCUCCCAGGCCAGGGGCGGGUGGGGAAGCGGUGGGCCUGAUUAUGGACCCACCACAGAGGCUCAAGUCAAAGGAAUCCCGAUCUCUCCCAUCCAGCCCAUGGAGGGAAACAAUCCUCCUCAGAGGCUAAGGCUUUCCCCGCCGGGGAAGGCAGGUUUUCCUCCAGGCUGGGGAAGCGUGGGCCUGAGGAUGGACCGCCACCACAGAGGCUCAGGCUCCAAAGGAUCCCGAUCCUCUCCAGCCCAUGGAGGGAACAAUCCUCCUCAGAGGCUACUUCCCCGGAGGAAGAAUAACGAAUGA